UAUGACACGAAAAUGUCAAAGGUCGUUAUAGGAUCGACGAAUGUGUGACAAUCGACGAGACGGGGGUAGGCUUGGCUUUAGCUGCAGAAGAAGAACUGUGUUUAUUGUGUUGGCGGGCUUAGGCUAGCCCAGCUUCCUAUAGAUUUCUAGACAGACGUUGGCGUAGGCCUAGGCUAAAACUUUAUCGUCAUGACUGCGAUAACAGAUAUACAGUCUCUUAAUAUGCGAAAUGAACGUGACUGGCAGCUGUUGUGUGGAGAGUUUAACAAUUGUAAACGGAAACUUCAGACAAAGAAGGAUGCACUGAUUAUUUUGGCAAAAGAGCUUGACAAUGUGAAACAAGAGCGAGAUGCAUAUAAAUUGAUGGCAGAGCAACUAAGGGAUAAAUCAAAUGCACAGCGAAAGAAAUUUGAGGAAAAAGAAAGGGCACUUGGACUUUCACUGUGUGAUAGCGAUCAUCUCUAUGAACGCCGUAGUCAGAGCUUGGCUCAAGUUCUGUGUGAAUCAAGAGAACAAAAUAGAAAGGCAGAAGCAGAAAUAAAACAAUUGAAACAAAGUUUGCUGGAAGCUGAAGGAGAUGUAAAGCUUUUGAGAGAAAACAUUGCAAGACAGCGAGUUGGAGAUGAGGGCCUAGGAACAAGGCACUUUCCAGCUUAUGAACGUUCAGAACUAGUGAAACAAUUGGAAGCCACAAAGGACCAGUUAGAAGCAUUGGAACGUGAUAUGGUGGCAAAAAUUGAUCAAGAGCAGGAGCUAGUGACUGAGCGUGACCAUUACCGAGAAAAAUCAGAGAGGAUCAACCAAGAGCUGAACUACGUUCUUGGUGGAGAUGAGCGAAGAAUCGUUGAUGUUGAUGCCCUUAUUAUGGAGAACAAGUAUGUGAAGGAAAGAUUGAAACAAUGCCAAGAAGAAAAGAAUCUAGCAAAUACAACGGUUGCCAAGUAUAAGGCUGCUUUAGAAAGAAAGAGAGGAAGAACAACACUGCGACUUGGUGCAGCAUCAUCAGGUGGCAUUGUAAUCUCACAAAAGCAAGUGGAACAGCUACUUGCUGAAGGCAAAGCUACUGGUCUGCCUGCUACAGCAUCAUCUGUUGCAGAUCUACAGUCCCUUGCUGCAGCUUUACUUGAAACUAUUCAUGAUAAAAACAUGGCCUUGAAUCACCAACGGAAUACAAACAAAAUUCUUGGUCUCCGUGUGGCAGAAUUAGAGAAGAAAUUAAAAACACUGGAGAUAUCUGGACUGUGGAACCUACCACCUGGUCGUAGUGCAGCUAUUGUGGCAAAAGACGAGGAGAACAUGCGUGCAGGUUUGAUUACACUUACUCCUUCCACCGCACCCAAAGAGAACGGUGAUCAUGAUUCAAAAACCACAAUUGUGUCUUCUACAACAAAAGAGAAUACUGUCGAGUCAAGAAGUGCCCCCCAAAGUGCUCGUAGCACACCUGUACACCAAAUACGGCAAGGCUCCCCACAACUGUACAGCGAUACUGAUAGCCUUAUUUCAUUGGAUGAUUUUGACCUCUUAGCUUCUGGUGAUGACAAUGAUUCAGAAACGAGUAGUAUCAACAGCAUUAACAUUUCCAGGUCACUUCUUGCCAAGUCCACCACCCUGGAUUCCUACAGGAGAGGUGCACAAGUAUGUGAUGUCUUAAAAACCAGUAUUCUAGUCAAACCAAGUCUUCCUGAGGGAAAAGCUAGUUCAAAUAAUAACCCAGAGCUAAUGGCAGAGGAUGUUAAUGAGUAUCUACAAGCUGACGAAGCUAAAAAAACUGAUGAAUACCAUGAGCAUUCAGUACUUUUGAAAAGUUUCACCAAAAGUGAAGCUGAUGAAGCCAUUUGUGAAGAAGAUGAGAGCAUGAUCAAAUUGGAAGACAUCAUUGAUAAUAUUACCGACAAGUUAACAAAACAAAGGCUUGAUGAAAUACAAGCAAAUGACAGUCCUAAUGCAUCAGAUCCUUUGCUGUCUAGAGAUGUUGUCAGUGAUCGGGAUGAAGAGGACAACCACUGAAUACAUCCACUAUCAAGUGUAGUACAUGGUAUUAAAUAAUACCAUGCUUAUUUAAUGGUUGACAAUUGAAUUCAGUUUUUAGUUUUAGUGUAGCCCUGGAAUUUCCAUGCCCCACAUGGGUUACCCAUUCUCUUGUUACAUGCCUAAUAAUGAUUGUAAUACCAUACAUCAAUAUUUAUUGAGGUAUUUUAGCCAUGGGAUAAUGAAUAUACCCCCUCUUCUAAUCAAAAUUUACUGUGAUCUUUUAGCCCUGGGAUAAUGCCCCAUUUUCUUUAUAAGAUCCUCUGCGAUCUUAUAGCCUUAUAUAUUGUAUGUAUUAUGUAUAUUACCUCAGAUUUAACAGUAAGGUAAUAUCAAUAUUCAAUUUUUGAGGAUGCUAAUUGUAUAUCUAUUUUAAAGAAUUUCAAUAAUUUAUAUAUUUAAUUAUUAAUUUAUUAAGUGUAUUAUAAUAUUAUGUAAUUAUAUGUGAGUUUACAGGGAAGGUUUUGGGGGUUUUAUUAGUGAAAUUGGGUGCUUUUCUUUCAUAUCAUCUGAUAUUUUAAAGAUAAUUUGUAUUUAUAUUUUGUGUUAGAUUUAUUUUGUGGCCAUUGAUUGAUUGUGAUCAUAAAUUGGGUUAUGAUAUAAAAGAAAUUAUAGUGGAACCUCUAUUAAGGGACACCUUCUGGACCAGGAAAAUUGUCCUCUUAAUAGGGGUGUCCAUGAAUAGGGGGAACCCCCUAUUAGGGGUCACUAACCAAAAACGGGAAAUUGUCCCCUUAGUAUGUUUUGGCUUGUAGUCAUACAAUGGGGACAUAUAUUCUUUAUAAUUUUAUUUCUUUUGAGCUAUUAUAUCAAUAAUUUGCAAUGCAAAUACAAUAAAUUUACAAUUAAAUCAAAAUAAAUGUAAUUAAAAAAAAAAUUGUAUAUUGAUCCAGAUUCCAGUGCUGACAGAUAAGCAGAAUGAAUAGAGUAGGGUGAGGAUUAUGGUAUGGAUUUGAAUCCUAUAUGAAACUACACAAGAAUAAAAAAAUAGGGGUGUCCCCUUAAUAGGGGUUGGCCAUAGUGUUAAAAGAUAUAUUUCCACUCGUUUCACAGAAAAGUGUGCCCUGAAUAGGGGUGUCCCAAAGGAGCGGUUCUGCUGUACUACUACUUAGAGCAAUUAUUGUUGGCAGCUCCAGUACUUUUGUAUACUUCAAAUUUUUAGCGAAAUUUUAUCAAUGAUUAUGCCUUUAAGUUCAAUCCUGCUAUAUUAUCAGGGUAAUAUAUUAAUUAUAAAUGAUUUAUUUUAAUUUUUAAAAUUAUUAAGAUUUACCAAUAUAUAAAAAAAAUGAUUUGUGUAUAACUUCGUUUAAGCUGUAGUUUUGGAGUGACUGUUCAAGACUCUAGAUUCCAUUAAACAAGUGCAAUACAACCAAGAUAUUUUUCUGUAUUUAUUAGGCAAAAUCAAAUGCAAUUUGAAUUGAUUAUGCUGUACUGUAGUAUUAGAUACAAGAUGAUUAUGUAUAAUCAUGGGAGAUGAAAUAACAUUUGGGUUGUAAAAACUUCAUUUGAUUUCAAAUUGUUUUUUUAAGGUUAAUUGGUUUACUAAAAGUUAGUCUAAAAAUCAUAUUUCUUGAGAAAAAUAAUACAUUUCAUAUUAUAUAAAAAUAAAUUCUUAAAAUUAUUUACUUUUACUUUAUGUAUCCCUUUUACUAGAUAACACUUAUAAAAUGCACUAAUUAAAAGUUAACUACUGUA